CCUGCCUGUAGAUAUUAGAAAUGUUUACCUGGCAUCUCUGGUUAUAAAUGUUUGUGGUUCUACGGAAAAAAUUAUACCUACCGAAAUUGGUAGAAGUAAUGUCUAACUAUGAAUAAUGUAUCUUCAAUCCAGGAACGGCUUCAGUUGAAGCGCGUUCCUCUGGACAAAUGGUCAACAAAAGAAAAACUUUGCCUGGCUUCUGCCGUGGCUUGCAGCGGAGAUCAGAAUUGGAUGUCCGUUAGCAGAUCGCUAAAGAUGCUUUGCGGUGGAAACCGGCCAGGUGAUUGGUUUUCACAAAAAUCUUGUGCUGCUCAGUACGGUAAACUCUUGGAGAAUGUGGAGACGCCGAAGAGAAAAAAACGAACAGCUUCUGAACGAGAUGGUGUAACAGCAGUAGAAACCCCAGGAGAAUCGAUUCUUAGAAAACUAACUCAGGAACGAAUUAUUGAACUGAAGAAGAUUAUUCAGGACGAAGCACAGCAGUACACUAAGGUUAAAGAAGAUAUUAUUUUGAUUCAAAGCGGAGUAACUGAUGAAAAAAAAUUGCGCGAAAUGUGGAAGCAAAUAGAAACAGAUAAGGUCCAGAAGGAAAAGGAACAGAUUCUGCAUGCACAAUGGUUAAAAGAACGUGAGGAGAAAAAGCUUGAACUAGAGCGGCAAUGGAGGCCAAUGUUUCCAAGUUCACCCAAUGCAAAUAAGGGCUCCGGAUCUAGUAUCAAAUUAAAGGAUGAAAUAGAUGAAGAUAGUCAAAGUUCAACCAAAACAGGGACAUCACCUUUGCUAACAUCUUUACUUAAAAGCCCCACUACUAAUUCAUCAAAUAAUCACUUGUUACAAACUCCUAGAUCUGUAUCUUCACCUACAAUUACGAAUUUACUCACAGGAAAUUCUCCUACAGUCGUAAAUAUUCAAGGCAGAAAUCUAUUCCCGGCGGCAGCAACGGUAUCAAGUCAAUCGUCGGAAAGUAGUCCUCUUUCCAGGCAUACAACAGAAGAUAAGUUAAACAUUCAAGAAUCUUCCUUAAGUCAAAUCGAUUCUAAUAUUACACUGCUUCUGGAUUCCAAAAAUAUUGAAAUCAAAUCGGAAGCACCAUCUUCAUCGAAGGAUUCGUCCAAAAUUUUGCCACAAGAUGAUCAAGCGACCGAAAAGACCGAGGAUAUGGAAAUUGACUCAGAUAAUGUCGAUCCAGCUAAAGAUUUGAUGGCCGUUUUUCAGGAACUCAUGCCAGAAGAAUUGGAUGAAAUUCUCAACGAGAAUAAUGGUAUGAUACUCGAGGACGAAAUACUUGACAACGUCGUUGAUUCCAUAAUGGAUGAUGAAGUUGAGUCGACAAAAGGAAAAGAUUUAACUAUUUUGGAAGCAGUGAAUGCUACAAGUUUUGUAGAAGAACCAAAAAUUGACGCAACUCUUCCAAAAAACGAGUCAAUUUCUCCUGAGAUCGUGGAAGAUACCUGUUUGAAAGCAGCAGUGGCUGAACCCUCUUCUGUUAUGAUUUGUGAAGCAUCAAGUGCAAACACACAAGAAGAGUUCUCAAAAUCUGCUGAUGAUAUGUCAGAUAAGGUAGACGAUACUCAGGAAAGUGAACCCAAACAGUCUAAUAAAAAUACAGAGCAGAAUGAAUCGCACUCCGAAACAAAAGAAAGUGAACCGAUCGUAGCAGAUGAAGGUAGUCAUGUUUUUUCUACUAACGAUCAUUCUAUUUCCGAGAAUAAAGAGAACACAAAGGAGUCAGAUACUAAAACUGAUGUCGAAUUAUCAAACGUGACUAAUGUUGAUGAGGGUUCAAAUAUUUCAAAACCAGAAUUAGAAGAUUGUGAAGAUAAAGCUGCAGUAUCUUCGGACUCGUUCUCAUUGGACAGAAAAACACCUGAAGUUAAGUCGGAAGAAUCGAUGGAUGUGAAAGAGGAGGGUUCUGAAUCAACUUUAAGCGAUGAUAAAUCUGGUCCUUCAGCACAGGAAACCACGACACAAGAAGUACGUACAACACUCUCCGACGAAGAAGAAGCCGCUAGGGCUAAAAAAGAAGCUCUAGAAAAACUAGCUGCGGAAUAUGACUUCAAAGAUGAUGAAGAGCCAAUCGUUCCACUUUCGAUUCAAAAAUCAAAAGAAGAAAAACACGUUCCAGAGGAAGAUGUAUUCAUGGAUGCCCAAGAACAUCUGGAUGAACCCGAUGAACAAAAAGAUUGUUGUCCAAAAAAGCAAGAAGAGCCUGUGAUUGCUAUCACCGAUACGGAUGAUGAUUCCUUGAUUGAAAUGAAAAUUUCCAAAACAAAGCGAGAUUACUCACGACGCAGACCAGUGGAAGAUUUUUUUAAAACUAAAGAUGAUCAACUCAAUACUUCAAGAAGUGAGGAAUCCGAAGGUCGCACGCUGCGUAAAUUACGCGAUCGCGACCGAUCGGAAAGUCCAUUCAUUUUGCUCGAAGACGACAUUAACGAUAAAAUGAAACGUAGUUACUCAUCAACUCCGGUAAUGGACUCUAUUCCUAGUUCUCCGGCUUCUAGUGAAGAUCGCGACUACAGAGUUUGGAAAAAAGCUAUCCUUUCGAUACACUCUAAAAUUUCAUCAUUACGAUAUGCGUCGGCUUUUCUGAAACCCCUACUAGAGGAACAAAUAACCGAUCUAAUUUACAAACCAAUGGAUCUCUCCAAAAUUAAGAAGAAUAUUGAAAAUGGCAAUAUACGAACAACAGCUGAAUAUCAACGAGAUAUUAUGCUAGUCUGUACCAACGCAAUAAUGUUGAAUCGUGUUGAAAUCUGUUCCCCGACUGCAGCUCGCGUUCUUUUAAAAGAAGCUGUUGCUUUAAUUGACGCAACUAUGGAGGCAAGUAAGCAAUUGCGAGAAAAAGAACCUGAUAAUCGCAGCGGAAGUGCAAACAAGCGAACUUCUCGGAAAGGAACGACAAGAAGUUCAACGUCGACCAAUCGCACUUGAGAAAGCUGAUUUGCAUUUUUCAUAAGAUUGUAGUGUAUAAAAUAUACGAUAACCAUUGCA